UCUUCUCCCAGCACAUCUACCCCUCUACUCCCAAGAUUCGAUCUUCUACUUUCAAAGAUGAAGGCUUCUCUUAAGUUUCGAGAAGAUCAGAAGCCUCUGUUCAGAGCCAAAGUUCCGAUCAAUGUUUUGGGUUUGCCGUUUCAAUCUGGAGUCGUUGCUGGAGAGUCGAAGGAACUCACUCUGAGUCUCGCCUCGUUCUUCGAUUCCGGUCCCUCGCUGAAACUCGCUUACCGGCCCAACGAUUCGUGGAAUCCGUUCAGUCUCAUUGUGAAAACCGGGUCUGGACCGUUCGGAUCGCCGAAUUCGAGUUCCAUGAUGAUGACGGCCGAAUUCAAUAUGUUGGGUCGUGGAAACCCUAGCUUUUUUCUCCACUUCAAGCCGAGAUUUGGUGAUUUUUGUAUCAAGAAAUCGCAGUCGUCGGCUUUUGUUAAUCAUAUAUUGAAAUCUGAACCGAACGGCGUUGUUUCGGAUGAGGAGGAUGGGACAGUGGAGGUCGUUGAGAAGUCAGAGGGGUAUUUUCCGGUGAACGGCGUGUUUUCCCCCAAUAAGAUUGGGGUUUCUCCGCCGGAGGGGGUGUCAGCAGCCGGCGUCAUCAACGGUUUGUUUUCUGGCGUGAAUUUGAGCGCGAACACGGUGCUGCCGAUGAGGAAAGGCGCCGUGCUGAGUUUUCGGUGGGGGCUUAGGGUUCCGGCCGAGGUGAAGACCGCGUUGACGGAGAACGGGGCGAAGAAUUCGACUUCCGCGAUUUCGUUCCGGAAGAUUCCCUUCCUCGUGAUGAACAAAAUUGGGAUCGAACAUGUGGACAGCGGUGAUUCGAAGGAGGACGCCAAGCCUUCCCCACCUUCAAACCUGACCGGAAACGCUGACAUGGUAGAGACGUCCAUGAUGGUGAAGCGGCACCUCGAGGUUCUCCAAGCGGAGAAUGGGUUACUGAAAAAAUCCAUCGAUGAUCUCCGGUCGGAAUUCGCCACCAGUCCAUUCACACCGCAUAGACCUAUCGAUUCCGGCAAGUACAGAGAAAGCGAUAGAACCGGCAGCAAACCAUAUGCCGGAAAAACUGAUCGGCGUAGUAGCAGCAGCGACAAAAAGGGGCAAUCAAAUGAGGGGGAUUUCAUUCAUUUGAACGACGAGUUGAAGAAGCCAACUGGCAUUGGCGCCUGAAUCCGACAUCAUCAUCGCCAGAGUUUCAUUUUAAGAUUGAAUCUGGUUUGUUUUUAGUCCUAAAAGGUUUCUUUCUUAAGGGUUUAUUCGGGGUUUUGUUGAUUUAGUUUAUUUUCUUCAUGUUUUGUUACAUUUUUCUUCAUGUUACAUAUGGGGAUUUGGCUUGUACAAAUGGGUAAUUUUGUGGUUAUGCUGUUUGGCUAUGAAUUUUGAGAAAAUAUUUAGAAUAAUUAAAUAGAUGAAGCUUUGGCAUGGUGUCAAUAUCUUAUAGAA